GUAAAAUCAGAUAUUUUCUCAGAAAAUCUUUCAUCGGCUGCUUCUCUUUAAUCCAUUUGCAUCUUCAAAAUUCUCAACCAUACAUGGUAAUAAUCCCAUAUUCUAAAACACACGAUUCCACUCCGAUUCUCUUAAAACCCUUUCAGAAAAUCUCGUUUUUACACCUUUAUGAGCCCCAGAUUUCUGAUUCUAUCAGCUUAAAGUUUUCCCUCACUUUCCUUCGUUUUCUGAGGGAAAGGAAAUUCUCGCGGCCCCAUGGCUGCUGCGCUCAGAUCCAGACCUUCCAAGGAAACGGCUUCAUUCUCGGCGGCCCUGUUCCGCUGCUUCAUAUUUAACCACAUGCACGCCGGUCGCGUUGCUAGUUCUCACUGCACUCACCGUACCAAGUGGGAUGACCUCUAUAUGAACACCCCCUACCACUUCACUUCCUUUAAACCCGUGUCAUUAUGUGGCGAGUUCAUCGAAAAGGGUAUCCAAGUAUCCGACGACAGUCGGAAAAUAAGUCAGAGUUGUAAUCUUGAUAAGAAUUCGAUGGAGAAAUUGAGCACUAAGUGUUGUACCGUACUGAGCUCGGAUGGGGACACAAGGGAGGUGUGGUCCGGGGACGGGAUGGUGAUACGAACGGGCAAUUCGAGCUUGCAUGCGGUUCGUGGGAGCGGCGGUGCGAGCCCCGGGUCUGGCGGUGGUAGUUUCGGGUCAAGUUCGAAAGAUGGGUGCUGGGGAGGGUCCAAUGUGGGGAAUAGUUUUCCGAAGCCGAAGGAGAUCCGUAUGGGGCUCGACAAGUUCGUAAUCGGGCAGGAGAGGGCCAAGAAGGUGCUUGCUGUGUCGGUUUACAAUCACUACCAGAGGAUAUAUUAUGAGUCCCUUCAAAAGGGGCCAACUGAAGAGUCAAGUGAGAAGGAAGCAGAUAUAGUGGAUGAUGAUAGAGUGGAACUUGAGAAGAGUAACAUCCUUCUAAUGGGACCAACGGGCUCAGGGAAGACAUUACUUGCCAAAACUUUGGCCCGCCUUGUGAAUGUUCCUUUUGUUAUUGCAGAUGCAACUACACUGACUCAGGCAGGAUAUGUUGGGGAAGACGUAGAGUCUGUAUUAUACAAACUCCUUAUGGUUGCUGACUAUAAUGUGGCAGCUGCCCAGCAGGGCAUUGUUUAUAUUGAUGAAGUUGACAAGAUCACCAAAAAGGCUGAGAGCCUCAAUAUUAGCAGAGAUGUGUCUGGGGAAGGCGUGCAGCAGGCAUUACUAAAGAUGCUGGAAGGAACGGUUGUCAACGUUCCUGAGAAGGGAGCUCGAAAGCACCCUAGAGGUGAAAACAUACAGAUUGACACAAAGAACAUUCUCUUCAUCUGUGGAGGUGCCUUUAUUGACUUGGAGAAAACAAUCUCAGAAAGGCACCAAGAUUCUUCUAUUGGGUUUGGUGCUCCAGUACGUGCCAACAUGAGAGCUGGUGGUGUUACAGAUGCUUCUGUUGCAUCAUCUUUAUUGGAGAGUGUUGAAAGCAGUGACCUCAUUUCUUACGGUUUAAUACCUGAAUUUGUUGGACGAUUUCCCAUCCUUGUCAGUUUAUCGGCUCUAACUGAAAACCAACUUGUACAGGUCCUUACAGAGCCAAAUAAUGCCCUUGGGAAGCAAUACAAAAAGAUCUUCCAGAUGAAUGGCGUCAAGCUGCAUCUAACAGAGAAUGCCUUGAGAUUAAUUGCUAGAAAAGCAAUCUCUAAAAACACCGGAGCUCGAGGUUUACGGUCAAUAUUGGAAGAUAUAUUGAUGGAUGCCAUGUACGAGAUUCCCGAUGUUAGAACAGGUGAUGACAUAAUAGAUGCAGUAGUAAUUGAUGAAGAGGCUGUAGGAUCUGAGGGACGGGGAUGUGGAGCAAAGAUCCUGUACGGCAAGGGUGCAUUGGAUCGAUAUCUUUCACAACAAAAAAGAAAGGAUUCAGAGACCGCUGUGGAGGGGACUGAUGGAGAACCGGAAGUGGAAAUAGAGACUACUCCUAUUGUUGUCAGCAUGUAAUCUUUGGUGUACUUUAUUUAGAGUAAUGCUGCAUACAUGUGUUGAGUGUGCAAGCGUCAUGCAGCCGCUUUGAAAAAAAGUGAGGUUCACUAUUAAAAAAUUAAUUUUUUUUUAUAUAGGUUUUAUAUUUAUUCACUUUUUUCAAAGUUAUUGCACGACGCUUAUACACUCACGACUAUAAUUAUCAUUUCUUCUUUA